AUGAAGCCAGCAGAGAUCAGAUUCUCUCGACAGAGACCUCUACAGCACACAGAUCCAGACAUGGCUCCUACAAUCACUGCAGCAAUGACCAACUCUCAGGAGCACCUCACACUGACUCACAAGCUCAGAAAGCCUCUGGUGGAGAAGUUACGCAGAGAGCGAAUCAACAGCAGCAUUGAGCAGCUCAAGUCUCUCCUGGGUCCAGAGUUCCUCAAACAGGAGCCAGACUCCAAGCUGGAGAAAGCAGACAUCCUGGAGAUGACAGUUUGUGUCCUGAGACGACUGCAGCAGCAGAAUCAAGCUGUGAACUCAGCAGCUGUCAAUCAGGGCUACUCCAAGUGUGUCCAAGAGGCCACACACUUCCUGUCCAGGGAGCAGGUGAACAUGAAGUCCCAGAGGAGACUGCUGAACCACUUCAACAAGCUGCAGUCUUCCUCUGAGAAGAACCGGAGAGAGGCUGACUUCUCUCCUCUGAGCUCCACAGUCCAGACCAGCAUCAGCAAAGAGAAGAGUCCAGUCAACAGCGCCCCCUGGAGGCCGUGGUAGACAACUACACACUGGAGAUACUACCAGACAAACUGACAUGACCACAUUGGUCAAAGAUUACUGGACUGAAUUCCAAACAUUG